UACCUCCCUCAAAAAUCCCGUGAUUCACUUGAGACACCCCCUGAUUGCUCCGCCAGGGUAGCGCCUGAAUCUAGUUCUUGAAUCCGCUCGGCUAGGGUAGUGCCUGAAUCCUCGGGAGCAAAGCUUGCGAAUUCGCAGAGAUCCGAAUGCGCGAGAAGCCGUCGUGAGCGCGUCGAGUCCGCGGGUAGUCCCAGAACUUCCAGGCCGGAGGCAAUCAAAGCGCCUGAGGAGGAUAGCGGUUGUCUGAAUGUACUCGCAGCCGCUGCGCAUAAGAUCGCCGCCUAACCGUCCGUCAGACCGCAAGCCGUCUUCAUCAUGGUUCGGUAGCCGGCCUAUCGCCUCUGCCGGCUCCACCGGCGGGGCAGCAGCAGAGGGAGGAGGAGGAAGAGGAGCAGGAGGUGCAGGAGGAGCAUCCCCACGCGACUCUGCUGCUGCAGGUGGUAACCCGAAAUCGCCUCUUUCGCGCGGAGGUCGUUUAUCCGCCGGUUCUAGACUACCCAGGAGUAAGAUCAGCCUUAGCGACGAUGAAUGCUCCUCGUUUGAGUCACCCCCGGCAAGAUCACCCUCGUCCCCGCGAUCCCCGUCGUGCGGCGAUUCGCGCGUAGCAGCAGCGACAGGUGCGGCGAAACUCCUGCCGCAUAUCCCGCCGCCGUCGCACGCGUGGACCAAUCACCGCUUCGGAUUCAGCUCCAUAGGGCAUACCGGCAGCGGCAUCAGCAGCAGCAGCGCGAAGGGUGUGAUCGCCAGGAGCCGCAAAGGCGGGGGAUACGGGGGGGAUUCAACAGGUAAUGGGGGGGUUUCUCCAGGGCCCAGCAGCCCGUGGAGACGCGCGGGUGGUAGCGCCAGCGGUAGCGGCGGCGGCGGGAGCGUCGCUGCUCGUUUACAGAACAUUCUCCUCGUUAUAAUCCUCUUCCUGUGUUCCAACUUCGCGGGGCACUACUACCCGUUCCUCUGGUCGCCCGCCGCGCGCGCGUCCCUGCUCGCCACGCGGCAGCGCCUCCCGGAUAUCCGCACGGGCCGAGGGGGGGACGAGUGGAACGCGGAUGGGGGGAACGCGGAUGGGGGGAACGCGGAUGGAGGCAUGAGCCUGAGCGACGAAGGCCGGCGAAGCAUCAUGGCGCUAGCAGCGGCGGACGGACUCCGGGAAAGCGGGUUUGAAACGAGGUGGGGAGAUGGUGGCGUUGAGGGCCGGGAAGGGUCAGGCGAGGGGGUGGGAGAAACGGACGGGGUGGGCGGAGGGGUGCCGCGGCGGGCGUGGCAGUCUCGGUUCGUGCGCGAUGUGAGGGUCGACGUGGGGGCAGAGCCGCUGUGCUCCGACAUCGUGCCGGACGAAUUCCGACAAUCCACGGACCAAAUGCAGCCGGUCACGUCCCUAUUAGACUUCCUGCGCCCCAACGAGCGCUUCCUCGCCUUCCUGCCUCGCCACGGCCUUGGGAACUCCCUGCGCGGGUUCGUCUCCGCGUUUGUGUACGCCAGCCUGGCGGGGCGGCGGCUGGUGCGGCUGCACGCGGGGCAGCACGCCAAGGUGUACGACCUCCUCUGCCAGGCGUAUGCGUGCAGCUUUGACGCCGUGGGGCAGCCGGGAGGGGCGGAUAGAGGGGAGGAGGAGGGGGAGGGGAGUGCGGGAGGGGAUGGGGGUGGGGGGUUGAAGGGGGAUGUGGGGACGGAGGGGUCGGUGGGGGUGGUGAGGAGUGCGAGCGAGGGGCGCAGCGGCACGGGCACGGAGCUGCUGCGCAAGUUUGCAAUGCUGCGACCCGUCUACUUCCUGGAAAGAUACUCCAGCUUCCAAACCAUAGCGGCAUCACUGCAGUCGGACUACCCCGUCCUCGCCACGCGCAGCGGCACUCUCUUCGACCUCUUCUGGCACCGCAGUGACCGCCUGCGCUCAUGCGUCUUUGCAGCAUUCCACUGCUCCUCGGUGUGGUGCGUCCACUCCCGAGCCAUGUUCUCCUUUCUCACUCGCAACGGCCCGACACCAGCCCUCGCCUCCACCAUCUCUGCUGUUCUGCACCGCGUGCCGCACACAGGCAGUGACAGCAGCGAUAGCAAAAAUAGCAGCACCCAAGCGCCAGACAAUACAGGCAGUAGCAGCAGCAGUAGCAGCAGUAGCAGCAGCACAGCAGACCCAGCAGCAGCCGCAGCGUCAUCUCUUGAGAGUGAGGCAGUGCAUGCGGGGCCAGAGAUAGAGUUCGACGUGGGGUUCCACGUGCGCACGCGCACCCUGGCUGUUGAGAAGGUCAUCAAGCAAUCCGCGGACACGUACCAAGAGGCCGACUGUGAAGACCCUGACGAUUCCCCUGAUACCAGCAGCAGCAGCAGCAGCAGCAGCACCACCAGCACCAGCAGCACCAGCACCAGCAGCACCAGCAGCAGUGGUGGUGGUGGUGGUGGUGGUGGCGGCGGUGGUCGUGGCAAUUCCACCUACCCCCGCCCUAAGUUCCUGCGCAACUGUUUCUGGGAGUGCAUAGGGGGCAUCCUCAGCACCCUGCGGUCCAUGCGAGUUCCACUCACCAGCAAAGAGCCCGCCAACAGCAGACACCCAUCCAGCAGCAGCAGCAGCAGCAGCAGCAGCAGCAGGGAGGGCAGCAGGGAGGGCACCAGGGAAUUCUCUAUCUUUCUGGCCACGGAUGAUGAGGAGAAUAGACCAGAGUUCGUAUCCCGCCUGGCUCAGUACGGCACAGUGUACUUCUCCUCUGGAGCUAUCUUUCACACUUCAAAGGCUGGGGGCAGCGGGGGCACUGAGGGGUUGGAGAGCAGCAGUUGGGUGACAGGGGCUGAUAGCAGCAGCAACAGAAGCAGCAGCCGUAGAAGCAGCAGCAGCAGCAGUCUAAGCGUUAGCAGCACUAGUGGCGAUAUUCCUGGUAGUGUGGCCAGGCGGCUUCCCACCAUGGCUGAGUUCUUUCUGCUGUCCAAAGCUCGGACCAUCAUUGAAGCUGGCAGCUACAUCAGCACCUUUGCCUACUUUGCUGGGCUGCUGGGUAAUGGGACGUUGUCAAGUGUAGAUAUGAAGGGCGGGCAGUGUAGACUACACCACGAACACGUGGCUCAAGGCAUGUUUGGGUGAUAUGUACAUUCUGUUUCUGUUGCUAAUCCAGUGCUUCAAUGAUU